CGGAGCCACUUCCGGGGAGGGCGGCUCCACCUGUCCUGGGACGCGCCCCUUUCCCCCAACUUUUUUCUCCAGCCUGGCUGAGCACCACAGGCCAGCGUCGCGUCUGGCGCUGCUGGCGGUGGCUCACAGGACCGGCGGUCACUUGGUGGCGGGGGAGCCAGGCUGUGAGUCCUCAGGGGCAGCGGGCGCAGCCCCAGCCCACUGGGGCCCUUGUGCUGGCGGCUGCAUCUUUUAAACCGAGCGGUCAGACGAUCCUGAGACAGGAGGCUAGGGUGGCGGACGCUUCCUAGCCAUAGACCGAAAGAAGACCUGAGCUUGCCACACUGAGUCUAUAGACAGUUCCACAGUAAUGAAUCAGCGCAUCUGUAAAGGAAUGGAAGAAAACAAGGAAAGGGCUAAAAGGCAGCGGCAAAACAACUUUCCCAUGUUUUCCUCUCCUAAAGCCUGGAAUUUCAGAGGGCGAAAACGGAAGCAGAGCGCCCAAGAUGAAGAUGCUGUUAGCCUUUGCAGUCUCGACAUAAGUGAGCCUAGUAAUAAACGGGUCAAACCCCUUUCCAGAGUCACAUCGCUAGCAAACCUCAUCCCGCCUGUGAAGGCCACACCAUUAAAGCGCUUCAGCCAAACCCUGCAGCGCUCCAUUAGCUUCCGCAACGACAGCCGCCCUGAUAUCCUCGCCCCCCGACCCUGGUCCAGAAAUGCUGCCCCCUCGAGCACAAAGCGGAGAGACAGCAAGCUGUGGAGUGAAACCUUCGACGUGUGCGUCAAUCAGAUGCUUACAGCUAAAGAAAUCAAACGUCAGGAGGCAAUCUUUGAGCUUUCUCAAGGAGAAGAAGACUUAAUAGAGGACUUGAAAUUAGCAAAAAAGGCCUAUCAUGACCCCAUGCUGAAGCUCUCCAUAAUGACAGAACAAGAGUUGAAUCAAAUCUUUGGAACACUGGACUCUCUAAUUCCUCUGCAUGAAGAGCUCCUUAGUCAGCUUCGAGAUGUUCGGAAGCCUGAUGGCUCGACUGAACAUGUUGGUCCCAUCCUCGUGGGCUGGCUGCCCUGUCUCAGCUCCUAUGACAGCUACUGCAGCAAUCAAGUAGCUGCCAAAGCUCUACUGGACCACAAAAAACAAGAUCACCGAGUCCAGGAUUUCUUGCAGCGAUGUUUAGAAUCUCCCUUUAGCCGCAAACUAGAUCUCUGGAAUUUCCUUGAUAUUCCAAGAAGCCGUCUGGUGAAAUAUCCUCUGCUUCUUCGAGAAAUCCUGAGGCACACGCCAAAUGAUAAUCCAGAUCAGCAGCACUUGGAAGAAGCUAUAAACAUCAUUCAGGGAAUCGUGGCAGAAAUCAACACCAAGACUGGGGAAUCUGAAUGCCGCUAUUAUAAAGAGCGUCUUCUUUACUUGGAAGAAAGCCAGAAAGACUCCCUGAUUGACGACUCACGAGUCUUGUGUUGUCAUGGUGAACUGAAGAACAACCGGGGUGUGAAACUUCAUGUUUUCCUGUUCCAAGAAGUCCUUGUGAUCACUCGAGCCAUCACCCACAAUGAGCAGCUCUGCUACCAGUUGUACCGUCAGCCGAUCCCAGUGAAGGACCUCCUGCUGGAAGACCUGCAGGAUGGAGAAGUGAGGCUGGGCGGCUCCCUGCGAGGGGCAUUCAGCAACAACGAGAGAAUUAAAAACUUCUUCAGAGUCAGUUUCAAAAAUGGAUCCCAAAGCCAGACCCACUCACUACAAGCCAAUGACACCUUCAACAAACAACAGUGGCUCAACUGUAUUCGUCAAGCCAAAGAAACAGUUCUGUGUGCUGCUGGGCAGGCUGGAGUUCUCGACUCCGAGGGACCUUUCCUAAAUUCCACCACCGGGAGCAGGGAGCCACAGGCGGAAACAAAACUUGAGCAGAUGGACCAAUCCGACAGCGAGUCAGACUGUAGUAUGGACACAAGUGAGGUCAGCCUCGACUGUGAGCGCAUGGAACAGACAGACUCUUCCUGUGGGAACAGCAGGCAAGUUGAAAGCCAUGUCUGACAGAGUUUACUUCCCAGAAGUAGCCCUGUGUCUUACCUGUACAGUAUUUGCAUUCCACACAUGGAACGGUUUGGAGAAGCACUUUUUAAUACUUUUGUGACCAUGUUGGCCCAGUCUCUUAUAUCUGUACCUUUGUCCCUCGUACUGUAACUGCCAAUCUGUGUGUGUAAGCUGGAAUCUAUGGCAACUGUUACCCUGUAUUGUAUUUCACCAAUGUCUGGAUGGAUGGAGAGGUACUUGAACAAGUUACUUUCAGUUGUCCUGCUGGAUUUUCAAAGAAUAGAAAGAAAAAGAAUCUCUCAACUACUGUUUUAUGCAGGUUGCUUGGAGAGUUCUUCGUCCUGUGCCUCUCUAGUGCGUUUCCAGCUCUUUGAUGUGAUAGCUAAAGGCAUGGAAUUUAGAGAGCCUUGAAAACACGGUAUGAGGAAGUCAUUUGUGUUUCAGGAUAGCAUUGGAGAGAGAAGCAGGAAAGAUCAACCCUUGAAGUGAAGUCAAUUCCAUGCUAUUCACCUAGAAAGUACGAAAACGUACCUGGAGAUUCUGAAGGCUUCAUUUUGCAAAGGAGGAAGCAUUGUCUGAACCUUGAAAUUUCAUCUAGUGCAAGUUUGAUGUCAGAAUCUGUUAGGACAUGAAAUAGAAGCUGACCUUAAAAGGGUCAGGACAAAAGCAGCUGCCAGCUGUGAAUCUUUAACUAAAAGCGCAUGACACCAAGAGGUGUCUCUCAUAGCUGGUGGCCAAGCUAAAACAUCAGAAUAGAACCCAGAGGGCCUGGGAAAACGUUCCAAGAUAACAAGAAAGCCCUGUCUUCAUUUUGUUUCAUCUGCCUAGGCCUACAUUUAGAGUGUGAAUGAAGUGACACGGAAAACAGGCUGUGACUCUGUCAGUGACUAUAGAAACACAGGAGAGGAAGAAUUUGCAAUGAGAAGCACUUCAUCAGAACCUAACAUGGGAACUAUUAAAAUAGAAAUGCAUGGCCCAAUGCAUUCUGAGAAAGGCCAGAGCCCUGGGGUUUCCUGCUCUGCUUUUAGGUGGUCAAUUUACCAUCUCUGAUUCUGUGUUGUAUCAGAAUUAUAAUUACAUUCUCCAGAGGCCAGUUUCAUUAACUCUGAUUAAUUAGGAUCAGCAAGCCAAACAAGUAAACUCUUUGUCCAGCCUUGAUUUUUACAAUGCAGGGUAGAGUGCAGACCUUGAAAAAGUCAACUAAAUUGUCUGGGCACAGUGGUUCACGCCUGUAAUCCUAGCAUUCUAUCUGGGAGACCAAGUUGGGAGGAUCUCUUGAGCUCAGGAGUUCGAGACCAGCCUGAGGAAGAAAGGGAUCCUGUCUCUACUAAAAGUAAAAAAUUGAACUGGGCGUUUUGGCAGGUGCCUAUAGUCCCAACCUCUUGGGAGGCUCAGGCAGGAGGAUUGCUUGAACCCAGAAUUUUAAAGUUGCUGUGAGCUAGAGUGAGACUCUGUCUCAAAAAAAAAAGACAACUGUAUACACAGAAAUCAGAAAUGUUCUCUGCAAAUGUAAAUACUAUGGAUGACCUGUGCAAAAUUAUACCCACACCAGCACUAGUAGUAAUGAUUCUAAAUUAUUGCCAAAAAAGUUUUUUUUUAAUUUUCUGUGUCUUUCAAGUUUACACAAAGCAGUAAAUACAAUGUUGUCAUUAUUGUGUACAUAUAUCAUGUGCAUUCAAAGAAGCUGUGUGACAAGAUAUAACAAUAUAAAAGCAAGGCAUAUUACUUUAUUAUUUUUCAAAAAGAAAAUAAAGAUUGUGGUCAAUUUUACCCUGUAAAACAUAUUUCUGUAUUUAUAGACUUUAAACAUGGUGAAUUUUUUUCUAUUACAAGUUUAUUUAAAACUGCUGUUUCUCAAGUUAUUAUUGAUUUGGUGAGUGAGUGAACCUGCUGCAGAUGGAAGCAGAGAAAAGCCAAGAAAAGCCUUUUGAUGGUGAAGAAAAGAAUGAAUUGUUCUUUGCAGGAGCCAUCGGCCACUUUGGCAAAUGUAUUGAGAAAUGAGGGUUGUAAAGCAUUGGCCUAUGGAAAGAAAGUCAAGGAAUGUUUUGAUGAAAUGAAUGUUUUUGUAUAAUGGCCUUAAACUUUUCUGGAAGCAUUUCAAAUAAAUUACAUUAAAAUGUU